AUGAUGAAGUUAAAUGAAUUAGUUUUGUGUAUUCUCAUUACAAUAUCAAAUUUAUGUGUUAAUGCAUCGGAUGACACAACAACGUACAAAUAUCCUGAAAUCCAUCACAGGAAUUGGACACGAAGUGAAAAAUUAGAUCAGAAUGGCAUAUUAAAUUUACAAUGGUAUAUAAGAGAUAGUGAAGUGAUAUUCAAUGUGAUUUUAAAUAGCCGAGGCUUUGUGGCUAUCGGAUUUCCAUAUCCAAAUACCCAAAUAAAAGGAUUUGACGUUGUGCUUGCAUGGGUGAACGACAAAACAGGAAAAGCAAAUAUUCUGGACUGCCAUGGAACAAGCUCAAAAUUUGAGGAAAAAGUAAUUGUCAGAGAUGACACACAAAAUUAUAUUUUGGAAAAUGAAGGAUAUCAGAAUUUAACGCAUACAAUUCUUACAUUUAAACGAUCAUUUUCGACAUGCGAUCCACGUGAUGUUCCAUUUACAGCCGAUACGAUGAAGAUGUUUUGGGCUUAUGGUGAGAAAGAUGUUACGCAACUUGAUCGUAUGAGUUUCAAGGCAAAGGGCUCGAGACCAAUAUACUUACUAAAUCCUUCAUCAACAAAGCCUAAGGAUACUAGUGUGUUUCAAUGGGAUGUAGCUAUGAAAGAGGUAAAAAUCACACAGGAUGUGGGGUCAGUCUACUGGUGUAAAAUUUUUGAGGCACCAAAACAUCCAAAGGAACACAUAAUAGGAUUUGAGCCAAUCUUAUCACGUGAUAAAGAUACAAAGCGCCAGUUUGUUCAUCACAUGACUCUAUUUGAAUGCAAAUUUUCGGCAAAACAUUUUGACCCCGACGCUAUAAGUAAAAAUUCCGAAGACUUGAAGAAAUGGUCCAAAUCGAAUGGCAUUGAAUGUGGUUCAACUCUAUAUUCGAAUGGAAAUUGGGAUUCUUGUGUUACUCCCGUGGCGACUUACUCAUAUGGAGGUUCCUCACAUUUUCUACCCGAACAUGUUGGAAUUCCAUUUACUGAAUCUUUUUAUAUGCUCGAAAUUCAUUACGUGAAUCCAAACAAGAAAAACUUUUUGGAUCAUUCUGGUUUUCGAGUUCAUUAUGUAAAUGAAAUGCGCCAAUUUGAUGCUGGAAUAAUGAUCAAUGGUGUUUCAGUAUCCGACACUCAAUUUAUACCGCCAAAGCAGCCUACAUUUAGAAAUAUUGGAAUUUGUGGUCCAUCAUGUACGGAAAAUGUUUUCCCUGAAGAAGGCAUAAACAUCGUGUCAGUGUCAGUUCAUACGCAUGUAGCGGGAAGAAAUGUUAAGCUUUCGCAUAUAAGAGCAGGAAAGGAAGUAACACGAAUUAUUGACGAUAAUCAUUAUAGUCACAAUUAUCAGGAAAUACGUCAAUUAGAGAACGAAACUAAAGUGCUUCCAGGUGAUUUUAUGGUUCUCGAGUGCUCAUACAACACGGAAGGACUAGACAAGCCCACACUUGGAGGCUAUUCAUUACAUGAAGAAAUGUGCUUAUCAAUCAUUACUUACUAUCCAAAAACUGAAUUAGUUGGCUGCUAUUCAAUGGUUCCUGUUAAGGAAUUUUUUGAAUAUUUCAAUGUACGAGCAUUCCAUGGAGUAACAAUGACGGAUGUUGAAAAUAUAAUUAUUUAUGGUCUCGAUACAGUUCAACUUAACCGUUCUCUUUUAUCAUCCGAUUCUGCAUUGUCAAACGAGAUCAGAAGCUCAAUUGAUGAAGAGCAAGAAUAUUAUCAGAAUUCAAUAUUAACUCGUUUAAUCAUUUCCGAUCCUGUGGAAUUUCAUGAUCGUACAUUCAUGACUCAUAUAAAACAACUUCCAUGGGAUGAUCAGUCUUUUACGCAAAAAUUUGAAAUCGUUAUGAGCACAGGAAGUUACAUGCUUUUCUGUAGAACAGCGAAUAAGUCGAUAAGUAUACCACAAGAAAUUAUAAAAUAUCCAAAUUUCACAGAAUUAAAGGAUACAAAAACGAGUUCAUGUCCUCAUUAUAUUUAUCAAGAAUUGUUAUCGAGUAGUAGUAAUAGCCAAACUUUAAAUUUUACAGUAAUUCUUUAUUCUCUCAUAAUCCUUAAAAUUUUAUUUUAA